AUAUUCUAUAAAUCUAAUAUCUAUAUUACGGUCUGAUCCAUAAACUAUAACCUGUUUAUUUAUAUUGUUUUGAAAAUAAUUUUUAAUCACUUAUCACUAUUUUAGCAGCUGAGUAUUAAAAUUUUGCUAUAAUGUAAAAAAUUCAAUUACUUAUACAAUUUGCGUAAAAAUGUCAAAUCAAGUAACAGCAUUUGUGGCGGGACUAAAAUCCCGAAAUGUGGAUGUUCAAACUAAAACAGCAAGAGAGCUUUAUCACUAUGCUAAAACAGAACUCAGAGAAGUUCCUCAAGAGGAACUCACACAGUUUCUUGACGAAUUUAAUCAUCAAAUCUUUGAGAUGGUUUCUAGCAACGACGUACAUGAAAAGAAGGGUGGAGUACUUGCGAUAGUGUGUCUUAUUGGAGGCGACUGUGAUACGACUAAAACCAGAAUAACAAGGUUCGCAAAUUAUUUGAGAAAUCUCUUACCAUCAUCUGAUGUGGGUGUUAUGGAGCUGGCCGCUAAAACUGUUGGUCGUUUAGCAACAGUUUCUGGUGUUAAAAGAGCUGAGUAUGUGGAAUUUGAAGUGAAGAGAGCAUUUGAGUGGUUGUCAGAAGAAAGAAAUGAAGGCCGGAGACAUUCAGCAGUACUUUUAUUGAAGGAACUGGCUAUAGCUAUGCCAACAUAUUUUUACCAACAAGUAUCAGGAUUUUUUGAUCAUAUACUUAUUGCUCUUAAGGAUCCUAAACAGCAAAUACGAGAAGCUGCAGCCAAAGCUUUAAGAGCUGGUUUAGUAGUUACAGCGCAACGAGAGACAGCAAAACAGUCCACUGCUAAACCUCAAUGGUAUAUGCAAUGUUAUGAGGAAGCUGUGGCAUCAUUUGAAGAAGUGCCUAUAAGGGAGAAAGGAAUAACCAAAGAGGAUAAAGUUCAUGGAGGUCUUCUUAUAUUGAGUGAAUUAUUAAGGUGCUCUAAUGCAGAGUGGGAGAAAAAAUACUCUUAUCUCAUUCAUAGUCUAGAUUCAGAGAAAGAUGUCACAGUUUCUGAUGAUAUUAUAUUUAUCAGUUCAAAACUUCAUAGUCCCUCGGUCAAAAGAGGAUAUCUGUGUGAUGGUUUUAAAACUGAAAAUGUUCAGUACCCUGUUCCGAUCUAUGAAUCUGAAGUAUGUAGAAAAUUAUUGACGGAAAAGAUUGAAAGGAUUUGUCAAGAUGUUAUGGCUCAGCGACUCCUUAAAACACAAGGUGUUCCACAGAUACUUUUCAUUAUAAUACCAAGACUGGCAGCUUUUAAUAAAGAGUUAUUUUUAAAGAAAUACCUCAACUCAACCAUGCACUAUUUACUUACAUCAAUCAGGAGUAGAGAAAAAGACAGGAACAUGGCAUUUACCACUCUAGGUUUGUUGGCUGCUGCUAUCGAAGGUGACAUAAAAAAUUUCAUACCAAGAAUUAUGGAUGUCAUCAAACAAGCCUUGCCUGUACGAGAUUCACAGAGUAAAAAAAGAAUGUAUAUAGACCCCUCUAUAUUUGCGUGUAUAACACUAUUGAGCAGUGCAGUGAAAAAUCUUGUACUAAGCGAUAUCAAAGAACUAUUAGAUGCAAUGUUUGCUACAGGCUUAAGCCCGUCUUUGACUAUUUGUCUAAAGGAGUUGAGUCAAAAUCUUCCAUCACUCAAGAGUGAGAUAUCUGAAGGUCUUUUGAAUAUGCUUUCACAAGUUCUAAGAAAUAAACCUUUCUUACAUCCUGGAGUACCAAAGAGUUUAGAACAACAAAGCAACAUAAGUCUAAUCAUCGAACCCCAAGACACUGCUAGCAUUGUAUUAGCUCUAAGAACACUUGGCACAUUUCAGUUUGAGGGCCAACACAGUUUGCUUACAUUUGUAAGACGGUGUGCUGAUCAUUUCUUGCAAAGUGACCAGCAAGAGGUUCGAGUGGAAGCCGUGAAGACUGCAGCAAAGUUACUAGCAGAUGCUACCACAGCUAUGAAGACUCCUUCCAGAACACUAACCAUGUUAACUGCUGAAGUGGUGGGAAAAAUGUUAGUUGUGUCAGUCACUGAUCCCGACUGUGAAGUGAGGUACUGGGUGCUGGAAUCAUUGACUAAUAUGUUUGACACACAUUUGGCACAGAUCGAAAAUCUUAGUUUUCUUUUCAUUGUAAUGAAUGACGAGAACUUGAAAAUUAGGGAACUGGCUAUUUGUACUAUUGGACGGUUAAGUACAGUUAAUCCUGCUUAUGUAAUGCCUGGACUUCGGAAAACUUUAAUUCAAUUUUUAACAGAAUUAGAACAUUCGGGAAUGAGCCGCAACAAAGAACAGGCGGCAAGAAUGUUGGAUAAUCUCAUUUUGCAUGCCCCUAAACUUGUCAAGCCAUACAUGGAAACAAUUUUAAACGUUUUGGUCCCAAAAUUGAAAGAAGCGGAUCUUAAUCCCGGUGUAGUUAUAAGUAUUUUGAAGGCGGUUGGAGAUCUUGCCGACGUUCAUGGCGAUAAUAGUGGUCUUAAGAAAUGUUUGCCAGAAUUAUUAACUAUCCUACUUGAAUUGUUAUCCGACGCUAGUGCAACGGACAAAAGAAGUAUAGCGUUAUGGGCAUUCGGACAGUUGAUAAGUGCCACCGGACACGUCGUCACACCAUACACUGAAUAUCCCAAUUUGAUGGACGUUUUGCUUAACUUCUUAAAAACAGAGCAGCAACCAAAAGAUCGAAGAGAGACGAUUAGAGUUUUAGGUCUUCUGGGAGCUCUAGAUCCUUACAAACAUAAAAUGACGAGGGGUUUAAUAGACGGCAAACCGGAUUCCAGUUUAGUUCCGGUAGCAGAUAGUAAAGCAGAAGAAAAUAACUUUGAUAUGACCACAAGUGAGAUGUUGGUCAAUAUGUCCUCAGCUAUACUGGACGAAUAUUACCCGGCGAUAGUAAUAUCGACUUUAAUGAGAAUUUUACGAGACCCAACCUUACAACAGCAUCACACCAGUGUAGUUCAGGCUGUUACAUUUAUAUUCCAAUCUCUCGGUAUAAAAUGCGUGCCAUACAUAUCUCGAGUUACGCCUAGUCUACUAUACGUAGCACGCGCCACAGAUAACAAUAAUUUCAGAGAAUUUCUAUUCACCCAAUUAGCAAAGCUGAUUGCUAUAGUCAAGCAGCAUAUCAGAAAUUAUUUGGACAAGAUAUUCGACCUUAUAAAGGAAUUUUGGACACCUCAGAGUCCACUGCAACCGACUAUAAUAUUACUCGUUGAACAUAUAGCAGUGGCUCUAGGGUCGGAGUUCAAAAUAUAUUUGCCACAAUUGAUGCCGCAGAUCCUUCGAGUACUCGCCCACGAUACCAGUAAAGAUAGAUUAGUGACGGAGAAGCUGUUGAAUGCUCUACAAAAAUUCGAAGACAAUCUCGAUGACUACAUGCACCUCGUCAUCCCAUCGAUUGUUAAAUUGUUCGAUGCGACCGACUAUCCCAUUUCCGUGGCCAAGACUGCUAUGGAAACUGUUGACUAUCUUUCGGACUCAUUGAAUUACAGUGAACUCGUCUCAAGAAUAAUCCACCCCCUCGUGAGAAGCUUGGACACCUGCUACGCCUUACGAAGCACAGCGAUGGAUACACUUUGUGCACUUAUUAUUCAACUCGGAAGAAAAUUUAACGACUUCAUACCCUUGGUCCAAAAGGUGGUCGUGAAGCACAGAAUACAGCAUCAUAAUUACGAACUACUGUUAUCAAAAGUUCAAUCAAAUUCGGUGUUAGCUGUGGACGACUUCUUGCAGAGUAUUAGACGUAAACCAAGAAAUAAUAAUCAAGAGGCCCGUAUAGUUGCGUGUGAUACGUCACAAUCAAUCCGCAAGUUGUAUGUGAACGCUCACAGUCUCAAGGUCGCGUGGACAGUUAGUAGCCGCGUGUCUAAAGACGACUGGCUCGAGUGGCUUAGACGGUUUAGUAUUGGACUAUUAACUGAGUCCCACAGCCCAGCUUUGAGGGCAUGUCUAGCUCUAGCGCACAAUUAUUCUCAACUGCUAAGGGAUUUGUUUAACGCGGCCUUUGUAUCUUGUUGGACUGAAUUGGAUAAAACCUCCCGGACGGAGCUCGCAAAUGCUCUGGAACAAGCGCUAACCGCCCCUGAUGCUCCCGAGUUAGCUCAUACGGUUCUGAAUUUAGCUGAGUUCAUGGAACAUUGUGAGGGGGGAGCUUUGCCUAUUUCGACUCAACUACUCGGAGAAAGAGCUAUGCAUUGCAGAGCUUACGCUAAAGCACUGCAUUACAAGGAAGAAGAAUUCCGCAACGGCGCAACAUCUCAAGUUGUAGAAGCUUUGAUACACAUUAACAAUAAGUUGCAGCAGAAGGAAGCGGCCGAAGGUUUGUUAGAGAGGGUUAUGGCGCAAAGAGAAGCCGGUGACGCCAAUUUGAAGGUUCAGAUCAGGUGGUACGAGAAAUUACAUAACUGGGAAAAAGCGUUAAACCUUUAUGACGAAAAGUUGAAUGCCGACGCUGACAAUAUGGAGGCAUAUCUUGGCGAGAUGCGUUGCUUCGAAGCUCUUGGUGAGUGGGUGAAGUUGUAUGAAACAGUUUCGUCUCGAUGGACGAAGAUGAGUAAUGACGAGAAAUUCAAAGCUGCAAGACUGGCGGCCGCGGCUGCGUGGGGUCUGAAUCAAUGGGAUGAUAUGAUAAACUAUGUCAACUUUUUGCCCGAAAAUAGCCAAGAUGGCGCAUUUUAUAGAGCCGUUUUAAACAUACACAAUGAAGACUAUGAUGUUUCUAAAUUAUAUAUUGAUCAAGCGAGGUCCCUGUUGGACUCGGAACUGACUGCAGUAGCCGGUGAAAGCUACCAAAGAGCUUACGGCGCACUGGUUAAUGCGCAACUAUUGGCUGAACUGGAAGAAGUCAUUACGUACAAGUUGGUCGAAGAGAGAAGAGAAUCAAUAAGACAAGCGUGGUGGACAAGACUUCAGGGAGGCCAGAGGUUAGUCGAGGACUGGCGUAAAAUACUUCAAGUUCGUUCUUUGGUGUUAACUCCUCAAGAGAAUAUGGCCACUUGGCUUAAAUUCGCAUCGCUCUGCAGGAAGAGUGGUGCCCCACGACAGGCUCAUCGUACUCUGGUGAUGUUGCUUGGAACAGAUCCAAGCGAGAAUCGUGAAAUGCCGCUGCCCACUCACGAGCCGAGACUAACUCUCGCGUACGCAAAACAUUUAUGGGUCGCUGGAGAUAAAGAAUUAGCUUACAAUCAGCUACAACGAUAUGUCGACAACGUGGAGACGGGAGACGCUGAUCAUUGUAGACUGCUAGCUCGAUGCCAUUUGAAACUAGGUUCAUGGUGUGAAUCAUUGUGGGGUAUAAACAAGCGAUCGAUACCAGUGAUCCUACGGAACUACUCAGCAGCGACCAGUUUGUCUUCCGAUUGGUACAAAGCUUGGCACGCCUGGGCUUACAUGAACUUCGAGACUGUACUUUUGUACAAACAUCAAGAGGCGGAUAAAUCUAAACAGGACGAAUCCGCAUCCACUCCUGAGUACAUCCAAAGUCACACCGUCCCAGCUGUCGAGGGCUUCUUUAAAUCGAUCAAUUUAUCCCACGGCAGUUCCCUUCAAGAUACAUUGAGAUUGCUCACUCUGUGGUUCGACUACGGCCACCACCCUGCAGUACACGAAGCCCUUCUAGAGGGAAUACGGACUAUCGAAAUCAACGUAUGGCUGCAAGUCAUUCCUCAGCUGAUAGCUAGAAUAGAUACACCUAGAGCGUUAGUCGGGAAGCUGAUUCACUCGUUACUGAUCGAUAUCGGCAAGUCACAUCCACAAGCGUUAGUCUACCCCUUGACGGUGGCGUCGAAGUCGUCGUUUGUCGACCGAAAAAAUGCAGCUAAUCAAAUCCUGAAAUCCAUGUGCACUCAUUCAAUGAAUUUGGUGAAUCAGGCGGCCAUGAUAUCCGAGGAACUGAUACGAGUCGCCAUACUGUGGCAUGAACAGUGGCACGAGGCCCUGGAGGAGGCGUCCAGACUGUAUUUCAGUGAACACGACGCGAAAGCUAUGUUCAAGACGUUGGAACCACUACAUGCUAUGUUAGAGAGAGGACCGCAGACGUUGAAAGAAAUCUCCUUCAGCCAAGCAUAUGGAAGAGAUUUGAAUGAGGCGCAAGAUUGGUGCAACAGAUUUAAGGAGUCGGGUCACGUCCGUGACUUGAACCAGGCGUGGGACCUCUACUACCACGUGUUCCGUCGCAUCAGCCGCCAGUUGCCUCAGCUGACGUCGCUGGAGCUACAGUACGUGAGCCCGCGGCUACUGGCCUGUAGGGACCUUCAGUUAGCUGUCCCUGGAAGCUACGCCCCUGACACUCCGCUCAUAAGGAUAGCCCAUAUACAGAGCAGUCUCCAGGUUAUAACGUCGAAGCAGCGACCGCGUCGUCUCUGUAUUCGUGGUUCGAACGGAAAAGACUACAUGUUCCUCCUCAAGGGGCACGAGGAUUUACGUCAAGACGAACGAGUGAUGCAGCUGUUCGGUCUCGUCAAUACGUUACUGCAGGCUGAUCCGGACACCUUCAGGAGGGAUUUGGCCAUACAGAGAUACGCCGUUAUUCCACUGUCCACCAACUCCGGACUUAUCGGCUGGGUCCCGCACUGUGACACCCUGCAUUCUCUGAUCAAGGACUACAGAGAAAAGAGGAAGAUAUUACUGAAUAUUGAACACCGUAUCAUGCAGCGUAUGGCCUCCGAUUUGGAAAAGCUAAUGCUUAUGCAAAAGGUGGAGGUUUUCGAACACGCUCUGGAACAUACAGCGGGAGACGAUCUCGCUAAAUUGCUAUGGUUAAAGAGUCCGUCGUCAGAGGUGUGGUUCGAGCGUCGCACGAACUACACCCGCUCGCUGGCAGUCAUGAGCAUGGUGGGCUACAUCCUGGGGCUCGGAGACAGACAUCCCUCUAAUAUCAUGCUCGACAGAGUCACCGGAAAGUUCUUACACAUUGAUUUCGGCGAUUGUUUCGAAGUGGCCGUGACGAGAGACAAGUUCCCAGAGAAGAUACCCUUCAGACUGACCAGAAUGCUCAUCAACGCAAUGGAGGUGACAGGAAUCGAAGGCACCUACAGAAGAACCUGCGAGUCGGUGAUGGAAGUGCUGCAUCGCCACAAGGACAGCGUAAUGGCUGUGUUGGAGGCGUUCGUGUAUGAUCCGCUUCUGAACUGGAGGUUGAUAGAUGCUGGCAGACGAUCAAGAAACGACGCUGACGUUUCCACAUCAGACGGAUCGCCUCAACCUAGCAGGAGCAGGGCGAACGGAGCCAGCGAGGUUGACCAGCCAGCCGAGACGAACCUCAACAAGAGGGCGUUGGCGAUCGUCAAUAGAGUUAGGGACAAAUUGACGGGACGAGACUUCAUUCAUAUCGACGAUGCGAGCGGAUCAGUACAGAAACAAGUCGAUCUCUUGAUACAACAAGCUACCAGCAAUGAGAAUCUUUGUCAGUGCUAUGUCGGUUGGUGUCCGUUCUGGUGAGAUUGUUCCUAUUGGACGAGAUGGGCUGGAAUGUUUUUUUUUUUAUUAUAGGCAACGAGCCAAAUAUAUAAUAUGAAUAUAAAACAGGAUCUAAUAAACCUGAUAGAGGAAAAAUGUCGAAACUAAUUAAUAUCAUGAAAUUCUCCACCAUGUAAUCGAGGGUUAGAUAAAAUACUAUUAUUAUGAUCGUAACAGACAUAUUUUUAGUUAUAUGUAACUAAUUUUUUUUUUCAUUUAUAUGUUAUGCUUGAAUUCUUAUAACGUUCUCGUAAUCCUGUGUAAUAUAAAAAAAAAAUAAGAAAAAAUGUAGCUGUCGAUAUAGAAAUUUAUAUUUGGUUGUGUAAGAUCAUUCGAUCAUUCACCAGGAUGCUAUAUUUAGUGCUUGGUGGCAGUGCCUGUUUUAUUGUAUUUGAAUAAAAUACAAAAAAAAUUAAUUUAAUAUAUCUACCGCAUUUAAGUAAUGUAAAAUACACUUAGUGAAUAUUGGGAGUGAUUUCUCGGCCUUUUCUUAGUGAAAUGUCUGCAAGUGUUUAAAUGACUCAUUAAAUAGAAUAUAUUCAUUAUAUUGUAUCAAAGAUUAAAAUUUAAGUUUAUUCAUAAUCUAGGAACCUAGUUACUGUUUAUAUUAAUAGGGCAUUUAAUAGGGACUCAGGCUUGGCACAUUUCUAUCAACAACCUAGAUAUGUCUUUUCAGUCACUCAACUUUAACCAGCUUGUAUAACAGAGUGUCUAUAUAAUAAUUUUCUAAUUUCUUAUAAAAUCAAUCUUUAAUUUAACGUACUACCAUGUUUAAUAUAUAUAUAAUGAGAUCUAAGACUUUCGCGAGUUAUUUAAAUAAAACUACAUUUUUUUCGGAUUUAUUACGCGAAUGUUUAUUAUUUCAAAAACUACAAAAUAUAUAUAUGUGUGUGUGUAAUAUUGGUUGACUGAAAUAAUUACAAGCCAAGCUGUUUCGUACUAUAAUUAUAUAACGCUAAGUUUUCUCUGCCUAACAAAUACUUCAUAUUGAAUUAACUAGAAUCAUCGAAUCAUCAAAAUUAUUAAUUAGUUAUUGUCCAAGGAGUAUACGUUUUCAUUAUCUGUGGUAUCAGAAUGUUGAAAUCUGUAUCCCUUCACGCUGCUGGUGUUCAUUGUGAGGUUAUUAUCAUUUAAAAUAAUUAAAUAAAUAUCAAAGAGAUCGCGUUAUUGUGUCAUCUACACGAAGGCCAACGAGAAUAGAAUUAGAACAGCUGUAUUUUUAUCUUUUUCACUCGGAACUAAAAAUAUUUAUAACAGCUGUUUGUUCGUGUAGUAAAUUAAUGUAUGGAAAUAUCAAACUCUGAUUAGACUGACAAAUAUUUUCAAGCGGAAUCAAUAUAAUCAUGCCAUAAAAAGAAAGCUUGAUAAGAGCUAUUUAACACUGUCUAAUGUGUGACGUCCCUUAAUUUGGAAGUGUACAACGAACUGAGUAGUAAAAAAAGUAACGGGGAAUCCCAAACCAAUGAGUUUUUUAAAUUCAUUCAGAACAUUGUUUCGUUAUUGUAUUUAUAUAUAAUAUAGAUAUAAUAAUUGUAUCGGACUUAUAACAACUUUAAACAUUACUCAAGUACUACUUUUAUUUAAUAUUCAAGUAUGUAAUUAUUUUAAUCAUCCGGAACAAUUGUGUUCCAAUGUCACUCGUCCGUCGCUGUCAAAAGUAGGUAAAUUUAAUAAGAUUUACCUACUUUUUGUUUGUUUAGCCGUUUAGUGUUUAUUAAAAAAAUCUUUCUUCAGUAUGACUUUGCCAUAUCAUCAGAAUAAAUUUCAAAGAUGUUUAUUGAUAAUACUUUAUAUAAUCGCGGAACCGAAUGUCAUAAACUGGACAAAUCUGUCACAUUUGAUUAUUGUGCUACUGCAUUUCCAGCAUUCGAGGAAGACAUGUAAAUAUUUUUUGUUUUGUAAUUUAAAUUUAAGGCAUUCCUCGUUUAUACAAAUAACAUCUUGAUAAGCAACGGUUGGGAUUACGUUAGUAUAAAAUUGUUUAUGCUUAAGUUUAUUUUGUUGUCGCAUUAAAUGAAUACAAAAUGUAAAA